AUGGUUCGCAACCAGGCGCAGUACGACGCCGUCCUCGCGGCCUUUCCCACUAUCACGCUCGUCCUAGGUGACCUUGGCGCCCACGACACGCUGCGCGAGCAGUGUCUGGCCGCCGAUAUCAUAGUCAACUGUGCGACAUCGGAUGACCUACCUGCUAUAACGACGAUCGUCUCAUCGCUUCAGACCAGUGGGCGUCGAGCGCAACCAGUUUAUUUCAUCCACACCUCAGGGGCAGGCAUUAUUGACGACGUCCCCAACGGCUACGGGUCUCCUUCGCCCAACCUCUUUGACGACAUUGAGGACAUUCAUACGAUCACAUCAUGGCCGGAUACGCAUUGGCAUCGAGUGGUUGACAAAGCUGUCAUAGCAUCGUGCAGAUUGCGAGAAGGCGGGGAACAGUUUGAUCUUACAGAUGCUGUUAAGACAGCGAUCAUAUGCCCGCCCAUGGUGUACGGAAAGGGAGAAGGCCCUCUUCGUCAGCGCUGCGUGCAAAUCCCCGAGCUCGUUCGUAUCUCACUAACACGAGGUAAGGUGUUCCAGGUCAACCAGGGGAGAAACUUGUGGCGGAAUGUCCAUAUUGCCGACCUCGCCGAUGCAUACCUUCUUCUUAUAGAGGAAGCUGGCCAUGCCGGGGGACGCGCUGCUUGGGGUGCAGACGGAUAUUACUUUGUCGAAAAUGGAGAACAUGUAAAUCCACCGAUACCCCUCGAUCCAUGGCUUGUUGUCUUUUUCUGA